AUGGUGACUGAUGCCUGGUUCUUCAGGCCGCCAUGGACUCUGAGUGAGGCAGGGGGCGUCCCUAACUCUUCUAACUUCAUCAACAUCGCAGAACCCAAUGAUCACCACCGCAAGGGCUCCCUCCGACAGCCACUCUGGGGAGCUUUAUCAGUUUUCCUGGUGAAGCAAAGGGUGACUGGGAAGCUCUCUGCCCUGAAGUGCAUCAAGAAGUCCCCUGCCUUCUGGAACAGCAGUCUCGAGAAUUAGAUUGCUGUGUUGAAAAGGAUCAAGCAUGAGAACAUCGUGACCCUGGAGGACAUCUGUGAGAGCUCUACUCACUGCUACGUGGUCAUGCAGCUUGUUUCUGGUGGGGAGCUCUUUGACCGGAUCCUGGAGCAGGGUGUCUACACAGAGAAGGAUGCCAGCCUGGCGAUCCAGCAGGUCUUGUUAGCAGUGAAAUACCUCCAUGAGAAUUUCACUGUCCACAGAGACUUAAAGCCUGAAAACCUGCUGUACCUCACCCCUGAAGAGAGUUCUAAGGUCAUGAUCACAGACUUUGGUCUGUCCAAGAUGGAACAGGGUGGUGUCAUGCCCACUGCCUGUGGGACUCCAGGCUGUGUGGCUCCAGAAGUGCUGGCCCAGAAGCCCUACAGCAAAGCUGUGGAUUGCUGGUCCAUUGGCGUCAUCACUUACAUACUGUUAUGUGGGUAUCCUCCUUUCUAUGAAGAAACUGAGUCUAAGCUUUUUGAGAAGAUCAAGGAAGGCUUCUAUGAGGUUGACUCACCAUUCUGGGAUGACAUUUCUGAGUCAGAUAAGGAUUUUAUUUGCCACUUGCUGGAGAGGGACCCAAAUGAGCAGUACACCUGUGAGAAGGCCUUGAAGCACCCCUGGAUUGACAGGAACACAGCCCUCCACCGAGACAUCUACCCAUCUGUCAGCCUCCAGAUCCAAAAGAACUUUGCCAAGAGCAAGUGGAGGCAAGCCUUCAAUGCAGCAGCUGUGGUGCUUCCAGGCCUGUCCGUGCCGCUCACUAGCUCUGCAGCCCUUGACAGUCAAGAACUACAAAUCAGAGGUCGUGGUGCCAGUCACGGCCAGCGGCAGCUCCCCCUGCUGGGCAGGGCAAACGGGAGUGUGUCUCCUCAUGUGAUCCCGGCUCGUCCUGCAGUUCUCAGGAGAGAUGAUCCACUCUUUUCUGCCCCUCCAAACCUGGCACCUACUCUGCAGUGGGAGGAAGAGGGAGCAAGCAGAGCAGGGCCAGGCAGGAGCAGUUUCUGGUCAGAAGCAGCCGACGGCUGCCACCUGGACAGACGCUCUCAGAAGGCCCAGGAGUGA